AUGAAGUAUUUAUCUGUUAGUUUGGUUCUCACUUUAAUUUUUGCUGGAUAUAUUAUAAACACUAUAUGGACAUUAGCAGAAAUAUUUAUCCCACCAAAAUGUAGUCGUGGCGAAAGAUGUUUUGCUUCGUAUUUAUCUGCUGAUCCUAUACAGCACCUUGUCCUAUUCACUUCCACUAAAGAACAUCCAUUUAUUGAUGCAACCCGUGCUGAUGUUACAAAAGUACACACAGCUAUGAAAUUCGACUACCGAAAACCUGCAGAUAUUGAGAUAACUCUCAAGAUUCCUAGGAAGACUCGAAAUAAUGGAACAUUAUUCAUGCAUGCAGUUUUAUUAGAUGACAAAAAUUUGUAUAAAGACUUUGAAGAUAUUUAUCGUACAGAAUCUGUACAUACAUUACCAUUAAUAGUACAUGCUGAACCACAAGCAGAAACUUUUAACCUACUUCAGAAAAAUGCAGGUGGGAAGAAGACCUCACAGAAUAAUGUUAAACCUUUAGCACAUCUGACCAAAUUGGCUCCUCUGUCCAUUUUGACUGAUGAUUUGAAUCUACCGACCAAGAAGAUUCCAGGAGAAUUAUACCCAUAUAUUAGAGUCAGAGGAGGGAAGUUUUUACCAAUAAUCCAACAAAAUGUACUUAAAUUUCGAAUGUCAAAUCUGCAGCUUCUAAACAGCAGUACUACAGAGGCAAACCUCACUGUAUCUGUGUCACCUACUUCAUAUGGGUCAUUGCGAUUGACACUGCAUUUACGUUUGGCUUUGGAACAACUACAGAAUCUCGGUUUCAGUAAACAGGAUGUUGAUGAUGUUAAAGGAAUAUUUGCAGAUACCAAUCUUUACCUCCUGUCAGCUACUGUUUGUAUAGCUAGUUGUCAUCUCCUGUUUGAUUUCUUGGCAUUCAAAAAUGAUGUUUCAUUUUGGCGCCGCAAACGUUCUUUGGCCGGUUUAUCAGCGCGGUCUGUAUUCUGGCGUGCUUUCUCUCAGUUUGUUAUAUUUUUCUAUCUACUCGACGAGAGGACGUCUAUGCUGGUUUUAGUUCCGGCUGGAAUUAGUUUCGUCAUUGAGAUGUGGAAGGUGACUAAAGUGUUACAUCUGCGGUUUUCUUUCGUGGGAUGGAAGCCUCGUGUAUGGCGCGAAGAGAUCGUUGACGCCGGUGAGCGCAGUACCGCUCAAGCAGAUGCAGAAGCUAUGCGCUAUCUGAGUAUGCUGCUCUAUCCACUCUGCAUAGCUGGAGCUAUAUAUUCAUUGAUAUAUGAACCUCAUAAAAGUUGGUAUUCAUGGGCCCUCCACUCUGUGGUGAAUGGAGUGUACGCGUUCGGUUUCCUGUUCAUGUUGCCGCAGUUGUUCGUGAACUAUCGUCUGCGUUCUGUGGCGGCGUUGCCUUGGCGGGCUUUCAUGUAUAAAGCUUUCAACACGUUCAUAGAUGACGUGUUCGCGUUUAUCAUCACGAUGCCUACCGCUCACAGGGUCGCCUGCUUUAGGGACGACCUUGUGUUCCUCGUCUACUUGUAUCAAAGAUGGUUGUACCCAGUUGACAAGUCGCGAACAGAUACUGCUUCUAGCAUGGAUGAAAACCCGGAUGAGGUGGAGCCCAUCAAGGAGAAGGCAGAGUGA